UUCUCCAGAGCACUUCUAAUAGUGUUUUCUCUGAGCACUUGGACUAAAGGAGAGAAAGAAAAUUGUGGAGAUAAUCAGUAUGUAAAAAAUGGACGUUGCUGUGACAAGUGUGAGCCUGGAACAUAUAUGAAGGACUUUUGCUCUCAAACUCGGGAAACUGUCUGCAUAGCCUGUCCAGAAGGGACUUAUGCAGAACAUAUCAAUGCCUUUAGCAGCUGUAAGGAAUGCCCUUCAUGCCAGCAAGGGUUUGCCGAGAACUGUACCAAAACCACAAAGGGAAACUGUCAGUGCCGACCUGGCUUCCUGUGCUCAGACAAGUCAUGCUCACUUUGUGAGGAAAGCAAGUGCAGCGCAGGAGAGGAACCAAUAAAGACAGAGUUGGAGAAUGGAAGCUAUUCUUAUAAAUGUGAAUUUAAAUGCCGUGAAAAUAAUUUCUUUGAUGCAAAAGACGACACCUGCAAGCCGUGGACACAAUGCAGUACAAAGGGACUUGCUGAAGAGAAUCCAGGAAACAAAACUCAUGACGCUGUUUGUAUUGAUUCACAAAGAGAUGGCAAAGACUAUGACAAUACUCACUGGAUCAUGAGCAUUAGCUUUGUUUUUCUCUCCCUGACUCUCUUUCUGUUAAUGUUUUACGUCUGCUCAAAGAACCUGAGGAGGAACCAGAAGAACAAUGUUGCAAGUAAGACUUCAGUCCAAGCGGUCUCGUCCAAAACCAGUGACUUCCACCUUUCAAAGGAGGAGAGCGGACUCAAGCUCGUCAUCCAGGAUGAACUCAAGGACUGUUGCAGUGUGACUCAUUUGGACUCAUCACUUUUUCAUCAAGAGAUAUCUUGUUCGUUCUGAUAAGCUAUGACUACCACUGGAACAUGUAUGGAUUAGUGUACACACCACAUUGAACCUUUUGCAUUUUUUCCGGUUAAUGCAGCCACCUUCUGUGUGACAGAUGAACUAGCACAGAAUUUAGAGACAAACAAAAAUCUGAAAAGUUGGUCAGUACUUUGACUAGGCAAUUCUGACACAUAAAUUUGCUUUGAUAUAAAAACUUUUACAUUGCAACUCUGGCUGCAACUUUAUGGUUGUAGCAUAGGAAAGUGGAGCACUACUCCAAUCUCUAGGUUUUUGUCCUGUGUUUAAUUCAGUAAUUCUUAGAAGUCAUCCGUAUUUAAAGGGGAAAAGGCAUGUUUUUUCCAGCCUAAACUUAUUUUUUGAUCAGUCCUACUAGAAACAUAACAAUUUAUGUGUCAAACAUAAAUGAAAUGUUGUUGUUAAAAUGUUUAUCACCCCCAACUGUAUUUAAAUGUUAUGUUAAUUUUAAGUUUUUGAUGUUUUGCUGAAGAAGCAAAGAGGUUGGUUAUUUAUAUUAAAUUAUUAUAUGUUUGUUAAAGCAUUUUAAAAACUGAUAUGAGCUUUUAGAAUAUGAACAUAAUCAGAACUGGUCCUGCUAGUUCUAAUGUUACAAGAAAUUGCUUAAACUUAUGUUUUAAUGAUUUUUAAAUCACAUUUUUUUCUUAUGAUGCAAUAUUAUAUGAUGAGAAAUGUUUUGUAAGGCUUAAAUGGGAAACACCAUUAUAUGAGCAAGUUAAUUUCAAUCAGCAGGAUCAUCAGAUCAAUAGUUAUAAAUAGUGAAAAAUACACUGAAAUGUAUGUAUUAACUGUAAUUUAUUAGUGUUUUGUCAUAUUUUCUCUGUAUUCAUCAGCUGGAUUUAAGGGAA